AUGUUUCACGGCUGGCACAUGCAGAUCCCGCCUAGUGACAUCUGGACGCGCAACCAGGCCCAGGUACGGGAAGAUCCACCUUUGCGUCGAGGGCGAGCUGACGACAACGAGGCCGAACGCACCCCCGGCGCCGCCUGCAUCCCGCGCCAUGAUCAUCACGUAGGUCCUGGUCUCGAACACCUCUCCACAACCAUCAAUGAGCCCUCGCUACUAGCCGUUCCGUCACCCACCAUGCUCAGCGGACCCCCGAGGGCCAUCCCGCUCGUCUUCGUCUUCCUCGCCGCCGGCCUCGUGUGGUGGUAUCUCCACCAAAUCCCGUCAAUUCCAGCAUGGAACUCCGGGAGCAGCGCUGCCCACGGCUACCGGCCCUCGCUGCGCGGUGACCCACUCGACUUUGGCCUGCCGCUGCGCUUCUCCGAGGCGCAGACGAAGCCGCUGGGCAGCAACUACACGUACAAGAUCAUCGUGCCCAAGACGCAGAAGGAGGACAUUAGCUGGAUGGACAAGGAGAUUCCCGAUGCGCCGCUGGUAGUAUACGAAGUCGACAACCCCAAUGCCGAGCACAAGAUCCCCAAGAACAAAGGUCGCGAGGCCAUGGUACGUAUGGCAUAUCUGUCAUUGAGCCCCCAGCUAACCUCCCAGGUCUACCUCUCGUACAUCAUCGACCACUACGACGACCUCCCCGACACGUCCAUCUUCAUGCACGCCCACCGCCACGCCUGGCACAACAACCAGCUCCUCGGCCUCGACGCCGCGCAGAUGAUCCAGCGCCUCAACCACGAGCGCGUCGCCCGCAUGGGCUACAUGAACGUGCGCUGCCACCACGACCCCGGCUGCCCGGACUGGAUCCACAUGGACCGCCCCGGCGGCGACUUCGACUUCUUCCACAAGCCCGAGGAGAUCUACUGGCGGCGCAACAUCUGGGAGGAGAUCCACCCGGGCGCCCCGAUCCCGCCUUCCAUCUCGGGAAUCUGCUGCGCGCAAUUCGCCGUGUCGCGCCAGCGCAUCCAGGAAGUGCCUAUCGAGCGCUUUAUCCACUACCGCAAGUGGCUGCUUACAACGGGCAUGGACGACCAGUUCUCCGGCCGCAUCUUCGAAUAUAUCUGGCACUACAUCUUCACCGGCCAUGAAGUCCACUGCCCGGCUAUGAACACGUGUUACUGCGACGGCUACGGCAUCUGCUUCGGCGGCCAGAAGAAGUACGACGAGUACUUCAAGAAGCAGGAUGCGCGCAACGAGAAGUUUACCCAGCUGGAUAAGUUCAACAAGCGCGAGGAGGAGGCUAAGAAGGACGGCAAGGACCCCAAUUUCUCCAAGGAAGAGAUUGAGACUAUUAAUAAACUGAGAACGGAGAUUAGUGGUAUGGAUCGCGAGUUGGAUGUGUUGAGAGAGGAUGCGAAGAAGAGGGGGGAUGAUCCUAAGGCGAGGAAGGAGGAGACGGAGAGUUGGGAUUCGUCGCAUAUCUGGGACUAUGCUCCGAAGAACGGUUAG